AUGAAGGAAUCAUUCAAAGUGUGUUUCUGCUGUGUGAGAAGCUUCAAGGUGAAAUCGAGUGAGCCACCUGAAGAAAUCAAGUCACUCUUCGACGAGUACUCCCAAAACGGCAGGAUGUCUGCAGAUGAGAUGCUCAGGUUCGUGAUCCAAGUUCAAGGAGAAAAACACGCAGAUUUAAACUACGUGAAAGAUAUAUUUCACAGACUCAAACAUCACGGCGUUUUCCACCUUCGUGGGAUUCAUCUUGAAGGAUUCUACCGUUAUCUCCUCAGCGAUUUCAACUCUCCUCUGCCUUUGACCCGAGAGGUUUGGCAAGAUAUGAAUCAGCCUUUGUCGCAUUACUUCCUGUACACGGGACAUAACUCUUACUUGACCGGGAAUCAGCUCAACAGUACAAGCAGCAUCGAACCGAUUGUGAAAGCUCUGAGAAGAGGAGUUCGUGUCAUCGAGCUUGAUUUAUGGCCUAGCUCUUCGGGAAACGAAGCUGAAGUUCGUCAUGGCGGGACGUUGACAAGUACCGAAGAUCUACAGAAAUGUCUGAACGCGGUAAAGGAAAACGCGUUUCAGGUGUCUGAUUAUCCUGUUGUGCUUACUUUAGAAGACCAUUUGCCUCCAAAUCUUCAAAAGAAAGUCGCUAAGAUGGUGAGCAAGACUUUUGGAGAGACUUUGUUUCGAUGUACGGACGAACAUACAGAGUCUUUUCCUUCACCAGAAUCGCUCAAGAAUAAGAUUCUGAUCUCAACAAAGCCACCAAAAGAGUAUCUUCAGACCCAAAACUCUCAAGGUUCAACAACAGAUGAAUCCUUAAAAUCCAAAAAAGUUGCAGAUGCAGAAGAAGAGAUUCAAGAUGAAGACGAGGAGAGUGUAGCGAUCGAAUACAGAGACUUGAUCUCGAUUCACGCUGGGAACCGCAAAGGAGGACUGAAGAACUGCUUGAACGGAGAUCCUAACCGAGUCAUACGGUUAAGCAUGAGCGAGCAGUGGCUUGAGACUCUGGUGAAAACUCGUGGACCCGAUAUAGUAAAGUUCACGCAGCGGAAUAUUCUGAGGAUAUUUCCAAAGACUACACGAUUUGACUCAUCUAACUAUGAUCCUCUCUUUGGAUGGAUUCAUGGUGCUCAAAUGGUUGCCUUUAAUAUGCAAAGUCAUGGGAAGUAUUUGUGGAUGAUGCAAGGAAUGUUUAAAGCCAACGGUGGAUGUGGCUAUGUGAAAAAGCCUGAUGUGUUGCUCUCCAAUGGUCCUAAAGGUGAAAUCUUUGACCCUUGCUGUCAAAACCUCCCGAUCAAGACAGCCCUUAAGGUGAAGAUCUACACUGGAGAAGGGUGGAACCUAGAUUUUCCUCAAGAUCACUUUGAUCGAUACUCUCCUCCCGAUUUCUACGCAAAGGCAAGGGUACCUUUGGACACAACAAGUUACAGAACAGAAACAGAUACGGACGAAUGGUUUCCGGUUUGGGACAAAGAGUUCGAGUUCCCAUUGCGUGUUCCUGAGUUAGCGCUUCUGUCUAUCACAGUCAAGGACUACGACAGUAACACUCAGAACGAUUUCGCCGGUCAGACAUGUCUUCCGUUGUUGGAGGUCAAGCCCGGGAUUCGUGCCGUCCGACUCCACGAUCGUGCCGGAGAGGUCUUCAAGCACGUGAGACUGUUAGUGCGGUUUGUCUUGGAGCCUCGUUAG